AUGGAUGUGCUGAGGCGGGCGUUGGGGCUGCGGCGCCCAGUGGCCCACAGCGAAAACAAGUUGCUCAUGAAAAAUGUGAACGAGCAAGGUACACCCCAAGUGACAAAUGUAAAGGCAGAAGACUACCCCAUCCCGAACAAGUACCUAGAAGACCCCGACAAAAUACCCAAGUAUUACGUCUUCCAGUCCAAUAUGGUUACUGAUGAAGAUUUGCAGCCAGGAAUGUUACGCCAGUUAGAAGUUGAUAGAAGAUUAACACUCCCCACGAGAACUCAUAUUUCUUUUUUGGUCACAGCCACUGAUGUUAUUCACUCCUGGUCCAUCCCGAGCCUCGGUAUUAAAGCCGAUGCCAUACCAGGCCGUUUACAUAAAGUGACAACCUUUAUAUUGAGGGAAGGUGUGUACUAUGGCCAGUGCUCUGAAAUGUGCGGUACUCUCCACGGGUUUAUGCCCAUCGUUGUAGAGGCAGUGUCCCCUGAGGCCUACGCUGCACACGCGCAGAAGUACUACAGGGAUUAG